UAUCAAUAUCUCUUAGUAACAAGAUUUAUCAUAUCACUACAAAUGCAUGCAAAAUGCGGAUUGAUAUGUUUGUUUUGUUUUGAACACAACUGUUUCCAUUGUUUCAAUGAGGUUAAUUCGUUCGUUAUGUUAGGUGUCAGAGUUCGACAAUGUAACACAUCAGUGCCUGCUGACAGUGCUCCACAUUCGCUAACAAUCAGUGUGAGCUGCGUACUCGCGCCGCGCGUGUAAUCGAUCAGCGAUUUGCUUACUGUUACUGCUAGAGUGCUAGCGACAGUCGUGCCGAAGCUGUUGACUGAACCGGACUUUGCGUUGUUACAUUCUUCAGCAGUACGCUACUAGGUGUUGUGCAUAUAUCGUCACCAACUAAAACACUAUUUUGAACAGAUGUCACUCUCGGAAAACUGGAAGGAGCUGUACAAGUUCAGCGUACUGGAUUAUGGCGUAUUUGCUGCGAUGCUCAUCCUUUCGGCCGGAUGUGGAAUAUAUUUUGGCUUUUUUCAACGAAACCGAAAUCAGACACCGGAAAGUAGUGACGAUGAAAGUCCAGGGCCGGGGCGAAGUAGUGUCAGUGGUCACAGCAGUCAGAGCAAGCGAACAACUACGUUCGGUUCUUCUACGAUGGACGAGUAUUUGCUCGGUUCCCGGAAGCUGAAAACGUUCCCGGUCGCCAUGAGCCUCGUUGCCGGGUACAUAUCGGGAGUAACCAUACUGGGAACUCCGGCGGAGAUUUACAACUUCGGUACGCAGUAUUGGUUGAUCAUUAUACCGAUACUGCUGAUGGGAGUUGCAGUCUGUACGAUCUAUUUACCGGUGUUCUGUUCGUUGAAACUUAAUUCAUCCUAUGAGUAUUUAGAACUGAGGUUCAACUCUUCUGUAAGAUCAAUAGCUUCCAUAAUGUUUGUUCUUGACGAGCUAUUUUUCCUACCGAUGAUAAUCUAUGUUCCAGCGCUAGCAUUCAAUCAAGUGACUGGUUUCAACCUGUAUAUAAUUGGUGCGAUUGUUUGUGUUGUGUGUAUAUUUUAUACAUUAUUGGGUGGCAUAAAAGCCGUUGUAUUCACCGAUGCCUGGCAGGUGGUGGUUAUGUUCAUAUCGGUAGUCAUAGUGGUCAUCCUUGGCACGAUAACGAUCGGAGGUCCGGAUAUAAUUUGGGAUCGUUCUGAAGCUGGUAGUAGAAUUGAAUUCUUCAAUUUCGAUCCCUCGCUGUAUGAGCGGCAAACAUUCUGGGGAGUUCUAAUCGGAGGAUUUUUCUACUGGACAUCGUUCAAUUCGGUCAACCAAACCAUGGUCCAGCGCUACAUGUCACUACCAAAUCUGAAGAAAGCUAAGAUGUCCAUAGGGAUGUUCACAAUCGGAAUGGGUGUGUUCGUGUCGGUUUGUUGCUACGCUGGUCUGUUGAUUUAUGCUCAUUACUAUCAAUGUGAUCCAAUGUCGGUUGGAUUUGUGAAAACGGACGAUCAGCUGUUCCCUCACUAUGUGAUGGAGAUUGUCGGACACUUACAGGGAAUUCCAGGCCUGUUUAUAGCGGGCGUAUUUGGAGCCGCUCUCAGCUCAUUAUCAGUAGUACUUAAUUCUACCUCAGCUGUAUUGUUGGAGGAUAUACUUAAAGGAUUGUUCCGCGUAAAUCCGAGUCCCUUUGUGGCUAAUAUUUUCGUCAGAGGCAGUGUGGUGGUGCUUGGAUUGGCUGCCAUGGGUUGCUUGUUUGUAAUUGAAAAAUUAGGAGGAAUACUCAGUGUCGCGACCUCAUUAUCGGCUAUUGCCGCUGGAACUACGUGUGGAAUUUUUACCCUUGGGAUGCUGAUUCCCUGGAGUAAUUCCUUAGGUGCUCUAGUGGGUGGAGUAUCUGGUGCAGUUUUCUCCGGUUGGAUAUCGUUGGGAGCUCAAUUUGCCAGCGCCAAUGGUGCGAUUGUGCCACACAAAUUGCCGGUUUCGGUUGACGGUUGUCCAGAUGAUCUGAUUGCCAACAGCACCAUUAUAAAUCCGAUAUAUCCGGACGAAUCAGGAGUCUUUCCACUGUUUCGAAUGUCGUAUCAUUGGAUUACUCCGAUUGGUGUUCUGACUGUACUGAUAGUAGGUACUGUUGUAUCGUUUCUAACGGAGCCGAGGAAUCUUAAGGACAUAGAUCCGGAGUUAAUUUCACCAGUCAUUCACCGUUUUCUGCCACAGGAAUGUUUUGGUAAUUACGGAUCCGCAUCUAAAGAUGCUUCGGUUACUUUCAGUGAAGAAAUGCGUCCUACGUAUGGCACCCGAUCGUCAUCCAAAUUCAAACGAUCAAUAUAAAGAGGAUGUUAACAUGCGUUUCGACAUACCUGAAACAUUCGAUUGAAUGGCCAUGAUAAUUAUGCAAUUGUACUUAGUUCUUGACGAGUGAAUGCAAUUUUGCAAUCUCUAAUGGAAGCUGCAACAGUGUGAGGAAUGCUAGUUAUAUACAUAUUAGACUGUACAAAUUAGUUGUUGUAGCGGUAGGUGACUCUAAGUCUUAUAAAUAUACUACUCCAAAUAUAGGUGCAAUGUGCUAACUUUUGCGUAACUGCCUGUGAUACAAUCAAAAGAGUUGUUUAGGGAUUAGUGGCCGCAAGAGGAGUUUCUUUUUAUAUUCUGAUAUUACUAUCGAAUUUGUAUGCCAAUACGAAAGAUUUUUCAUAAAAAGUGUUUUGAAAUUCUGUUUUUUUGUAUAAGAUGACACUAGUUUUAAAUUUACAACUUUGAUCUUGCUUAAAUGAAAUGUGUACCUGUCAAAAUUAUAAUAGAUAAAAUAGAUUUUCAUAAGCAGAAUACUGUUGGCGUUAAACUUAACAUGGGAAUAGGAAGGACUCAGACCCUGAAAUUAAAUAAAAAGAAAACUAUUUCAAUGAAAUUCUACUAACUUCGAAGUUCUAAAACAGACACUGAAUCCUGCAAGUCGUAGACGAAAUACGU